ACGCAUCUCAUCAGUCGUGAAGCUCGUCUUAAAACCCUAAUCUUCAACCACGAAAUCCCCAAAACUCAAAGAUCCAAGCUAAACUACGCGAAGAUGCCGAACCUCGAAUGUCGUAUGUACGAAGCAAAAUAUCCUGAGGUGGAUAUGGCGGUGAUGAUACAGGUGAAGAACAUCGCUGACAUGGGUGCGUACGUUUCGCUCCUUGAAUACAACAACAUCGAAGGCAUGAUCUUGUUCUCCGAGCUUUCCCGCCGUCGGAUUCGUAGUGUCAGCAGUCUAAUCAAGGUCGGCCGAACCGAGCCGGUGAUGGUCCUCCGUGUCGAUAAGGAAAAGGGUUACAUCGAUUUGAGUAAGAGGAGAGUUAGCGAGGAAGAUAUUCAGGCUUGUGAAGAAAGGUACAAUAAGAGUAAACUUGUUCACUCUAUCAUGCGACAUGUCGCCGAGACUUUGGAUAUCGAUUUGGAGGAAUUAUAUGUUAAAAUUGGCUGGCCUCUAUACCGGAAAUAUGGGCAUGCUUUUGAGGCUUUCAAAAUCAUUGUGACUGAUCCUGAUACUGUCUUGAACACCCUCACUUGUGAAGUCAAAAAACCCGGCCCGGACGGACAGGAGGUGACUGAAGUGGUUCCUGCUGUGACUGAGGAAGUCAAAGAUGCAUUGGUGAAAAACAUUAAGAGAAGAAUGACUCCUCAACCUCUGAAGAUUCGGGCUGAUAUUGAAAUGAAAUGUUUCCAGUUUGAUGGCGUUCUUCACAUAAGGUCUUGUUUGGAGGGCAUGCGCAAAGCCGAGGCUGCUGGGAAUGAUGACUGUCCUGUUAAAAUAAAGCUUGUGGCUCCUCCCCUUUAUGUUCUUACCACUCAAACUCUUGACAAGGACCAAGGAAUAGUUGUCCUCAAUAAAGCCAUUGCAGCUUGCAGCGAAGCAAUAGAGCAUCACAAGGGAAAACUUGUUGUCAAGGAGCAGCCUAGGGCGGUGAGUGAACGGGACGAUAAAUUGCUCGCCGAGCACAUGGCUAAGUUGCGUGACGAUAAUGAAGAGGUCAGUGGAGACGAAGACAGCGAAGAAGAGGAAGACACAGGCAUGGGAGAAGUUGAUGUUGAGAAAGUGGGUCCCGGAAUAACGGAAUAACAUUGCUUCAUACGUGAAGAUGGUAGUUCCCUAUUCUUUCACAAAAACUUGUUUUAUGUUUUGAUCCUCAAUUCAAUGUGGUAUACAAAACCUCUUGUUUGAGUUUUAAGCAGAGAUUAGAGUAAUACAAAUCUCUUUCGUUCAGU